CCGUCUUCUCGAACUUUCUCAACUUCCCCCAAUUCAUCUCCCAAUUCGCAAAAUUCAUCGAUCUUUGUUCCUUAAUUCGUCUCCCGAUUCCCUUUGUUUUCACCACUCUCUUCAAAAUUCCAUCCAUCGCUAUAUUUGGUUGUCGAUCUCAUCUUCCGAUUUAUACAUUCUCUUCAAUUAGGGUUCUUGAAUUCUGAUCUGAAUUCGUUAUCAUUUGAUCGGUAAAACCCUGCGUCGGUUCCUACCCAACUCAUUUCAUACCGAAACAAGAAAUACCCGGUUCUUGAAUUUUUGAAAGAUAGAAGAUCCACGCUUCAAAAAAUCUCGCUUACCCUUUUUCUAAAAACCCUCCUUGGUUUUAAUCCCCAAUUCAACCCAGAAGAGUUGUGAGAAUUCAUCGAUUACCCGUUUCGUUGUCAACCCAGAUUAAUCUUUUCACACGUGAUGGGCACAAUUAGUUUUCACAAAGAAGUUUCAAAACCCUCAACAUCUUCUUCUCCUGCUUCUUCUUCAACCUCCUCGACGUCUCAAACUGAGACGGUGAACGGGUCCCAUGAAUUCAUGAUCAACGGAUACUCCCUUGUCAAAGGCAUGGGAGUGGGAAAAUAUAUAGCUUCAGAUACUUUUAUUGUGGGGGGCUAUGAAUGGGCCAUUUAUUUUUACCCGGAUGGAAAGAGCGCUGAAGAUAAUGCUUCCUACAUUUCGCUUUUUAUUGCUUUGGUGAGUGAAGGGGCGGAUGUAAGAGCGCUUUUUGAGUUGACGCUUUUGGAUCAGAGUGGGAAAGAUCGUCACAAGGUGCAUAGCCAUUUUGGGAGGAUGCUUGAGAGCGGUCCUUAUACCCUCAAGUACCGUGGGAGCAUGUGGGGUUAUAAACGCUUUUUCAAAAGAACUCUUCUAGAGACAUCAGACUACCUUAAAGACGAUUGCCUCUCAUUUCGCUGUUGUGUUGGUGUAGUUAAGUCGCAUAUGGAGGGACCUAAAAUCUAUUCUAUUUCGGUGCCACCUUCUGAUCUUGGUAUGCAUUUUGGGAGGCUAUUAGAAAGUGGAAAAGGAACUGAUGUGAAAUUUGAAGUUGAUGGGGAAAUAUUUGCUGCCCACAAGUUGGUCCUUGCAGUACGUUCACCUGUAUUCAGGGCACAACUUUUUGGUCCAUUGAAGGAUCAGAACACGCAGUGCAUUACAGUAGAAGAUAUGGAAGCUCCUAUUUUCAAGGCAUUGCUCCAUUUCAUUUACUGGGAUACCUUACCGGAUUUGGAAGAGCUAGUGGGUUCAACUUCAAAAUGGGCUUCAACGCUUGUGGCUCAGCAUCUUCUUUCUGCUGCUGACCGUUAUGCUCUUGAGAGAAUGAGAAUUCUCUGUGAGGCUAAACUUUGUGAGGGUGUUGCAAUAAACACAGUUGCAACUACAUUAGCCUUAGCAGAACAGCACAACUGUUUGCAUCUGAAAGCCGUAUGCUUAAAAUUUGUUGCAUUGCCACAAAAUUUAAAAGCUGUGAUGCAAACAGACGGAUUCGAGUAUCUGAAGGAAAGCUGCCCUGGUGUUCUUACUGAAUUGCUGCAAUAUGUUGCAAGAAUCGGGGAACAUUCUGUUAUUGCAUGUGGAUAUCGAAGAAAAGAAGCACCGUUAGAUGGUUCUGAUGCAAAUGGACGGCGGGUCAAACCAAGACUACAGUGAUUUAGGGAAUAACAUGUAAAUCAUCCUUUGAUUGGUAGGAAAACUAAUAAGAGAGAGCUAGGUAGCUUUAGAUUUUUGCUUGUACUAACAUUGGUGAGUAUUUGCAAAUUUUAUGUUGAAGGCUGAUUUGUUUCUCAUA